AGACUAGUAUAUAAACCGACGCGUUCCUCAAGGGGAAGACAACGAGCACUUCUCCCUCUCUCACACACUCAUCCAACCACUCACCCACCCACCCACCAAUUCAACCAAACAUGCCUUCUGAGCCUAGCCAAGUCACCGGCCAGUUCCACAGCGUCAAGGGCACCGUCGUCGAAGCUAUUGGCAACGCGACUGGCGCAACAUCAUGGCAGCAGUCCGGCAAGGAGGAGCACGCAGCAGGCGAGGCUGAGCACAAGGCCGCCCAGGUCAAGGCCUACGGCGACGGUGUCCAGGACCGCGCACAGGGCCGAUUCGAUGCCGUCGUGGGUGCUGUGACCGGCGACCAGGCGAAGCAGGCCAAGGGUAACGUGCAGGAGGAGGCUGGAAAGGCGCAGACCCAGGCCAACAACCCUUUCUAAAUGGAAACUCAUAAUGUAAUCAAUGUACUUUAACUUUCAAAGGUAUCUUCCUUGGGACUAGUCGUACGGUUAUGAAUAUCCUGAGAGAGUAAGGUGUGCCGCAUUAGGAACCAGCACCCCUUAGUAAGCAGCACGUGAUGGUCACGUGAUGCUCAAAUCCAUGGUCCGAAAAAUGUAGCUCUCUUUUUUGGUAUCAAUAUGGACUUUUAUACAACCAAUGUGAUCCAAAAUUGGCGUCCGAAGGAUAAUUGAGCUUUU